CACCGCACACAACACCGAAACAGGCGUUCGUAUCCUCCGUCCUCCACAACAUGGUCGAGACCCGCGCCCAGGCCCAGGGCAAGCCGCUCAAGAAGCCCGGCGCCUACAACACAGACGCCUACUACCAGGAGAAGGAUGAGGGUUACGGCGAUGUGGGCGUGGACCAGGAGCCUGACGCCGGCGCCAUUGACAACCCCAGUGACCCCGACUUCAAGGUGUCGGCGGCGGAGGUGGCGGGUGCCACGGAGGAGGCCACACGCGACCCCGAGGGACUGGACAUGUCCCAACUGAAGGAGGAGGUGGCGGACCUGCAGCGCCCCGCAGACACCGGCGUGGAGGAGCUGGACGCACGCGGCGAGCCGGUGCCCAUUGUGGAGGCGGGCGCACCGGGCGGCGGGCCCAGCAUCCAGGAGCAGGAGCAAAACGUGGACGCCGGCGAGGACCGCACUGCGGAGACCGAGAACGCGUAGAGGGGCGGGUCUGCGGGUGACGGGCGCUGGGGGCCUUAUAUGCCUGCUAGCUAGCUGGCUGACUGACCAUCUGACAGUGUGGCUCAUGACCGACUGCUGUUGACCACACACGACCAUAAACGUAUGUGUGAGGCACUGUGUGGAUGCAAAGGUAGUGCUAAGGGGUUGAGAACGCAUAGUCAGUCCAUAGUUCAGUAGUGGGGCGUAGAGCUGUCGCGUUGAAAGGUGCGGUGGCUCCUGAACACUGCAAUCCCGUUGGGGCUGAAGGUAAGAGACAGAAGCUUGGGU